AUGGAGGAACAAAUCAAAUCAUUGGAGCAGAAAUUUGGUGCUCAAUCAAAGAAGGUGGAUGAUCAAUCCAAAAAGAUUGAUGAUAUGAUGACAUUGAUUCUGGAAUUAAGGAAUCAAAUGCUUGAGAACGUGUCUACAAACACAGUUUCAAAUGGUGAAGGAGGUCAAGGAAGUCCUAGAACUCCUAGAACAGUUGGUCUUAAACCUUUGGGGUACGUACCUAAAUUAGAGUUUCCAAAAUUUGACGGCUCUAAUUGUAGAUUGUGGAUUAAAAAAUGCAGCAAAUAUUUUCAUUUGUGUAAGAUACCUGAUGAACAUAAGGUUGAUUUAGCGUCAUUAUUCAUGAUUGAAAAGGCUGAAAAAUGGGUAGCUAGUUACUUGUCUGUGAGAAAGAAUGUAGACUGGACUGAAUUUGUGGUUGAUUUGUCUGCAAGAUUUAAGGAUGAAACAGCAAUUGAUGUUGUUGAACAAUUCAAUAAGUUGCAACAAACUGAUUCUUUAGAAUCUUAUAUAGAUGAAUUUGAGGAUUUAAGUUCUGUAGUUCUUCAACAUCAUUCUCUGCCUGAUGAUUACAUUCUAGAAAGUUUUGUGGGAGGUUUGAAGUCUGGAGUUAAGCCUUUUGUUAAAGCAUUUAAGCCCAAAACUGUUUCAGCUGCAGUAGAGAUUGCUAGAUUACAAGAGGAGACUCUUAAAUCUAUACAAUACACGCCUUCUAAAUUCACUCCUUUUGGUUCUAAAACACUUCCUCCCUUGUUGCCAAAUCCACCUGUGAAACCUUCUUCCCAACCUACUCAUCCUGUGACUAAAUCAUUUACUCCAAGAAAUGCUAAAAAUUUUAAAUACAUUCCGGCAGAUGUUAGAGCUGAGAAAAUAGCAAAGGGGCUUUGCUAUUAUUGUGAUCAACCCUAUGACAGAAAUCACAAAUGCCAGUUUAAGGAACCUCAAUUGUUUACAGUGGAAAUUGCUAGUAGUACCGGAGGUGCAGAUGGAAUAAGUAAUGAUGAGGAUGAUAGUGACAUUGAUAAUAUAGAACCAGUGAUUUCAGUCAAUGCUUUGUCUGGAAAUCAAAACUUCCAAACCAUGAGAGUGCAAGGCAGAGUUCAUGACAAACCUUUCCACAUUUUAGUAGAUUCAGGUUCUACUCAUAAUUUUCUAGAUCUGAAUUUAGCUAAGAAGUUGGGUUGUGCUAUUGAAUCUAUACCUGCCCAAGCAGUGGCUGUUGCUGAUGGUAAUCAGCUGAAUUGUCAGCAUGUAUGCAAGGAAUUUCAGUGGAGUAUGCAGGGGCAAUCUUUUGUGGCUGAUGUUAUGCUGAUCUCCUUAGGGGGGUGUGAUAUGGUUUUAGGAAUUCAGUGGUUAUCCACCUUAGGACCUAUUUGCUGGGAUUUUAAAGCACUCUUAAUGGAAUUCUUGGUUCAUGGACAACAAUUUAGGUUACAAGUAAGGGAUGUGUCUUUCAUGGCUAUGGAUGUGAUGCCUGUUACCACACCUUUACAACCCCUUCAUCCAGAAUUGGAAGAGUUGAGAACUCAAUAUAAGGACUUGUUUGCAGAUCUAGUUAAUCUUCCUCCUCACAGGGGUGUGUUUGAUCACACUAUACCUUUGGAAGCUGGUUGCAAACCAGUGAAUAUCAGGCCAUAUAGGUAUCCCCUCAAACAAGGGAUUUAUUGA